AUGGUUAGUUCUGGGCAUUGUGAUGCUGAAAAAGGAAUUGGGAAUGAAGCAAAUGAGCAUGGUGUUAAUAUACCUGUGAAUCCAAGUGGGAUUGUAGGUAAAGGAGGGUCACCACGAGAGGAAUCACCUCCAAAUUUGACACCCAAAUAUCAAUCACCAUUAGGGAUCAACAAGUGCUCUUUCACAUAUGAAGAGCUAGCCAUUGCAACUCAAGGGUUCUCUCAGAAGAACUUGUUGGGUCAAGGUGGGUUCGGGUUUGUUCACAAAGGGGUCUUACCUAAUGGAAGAGAAGUGGCUGUCAAGAGCUUGAAAUCAAGUAGCGGGCAAGGCCAACGUGAAUUCCAAGCCGAAGUUGAGAUUAUUAGCCGCAUUCAUCAUCGUCACCUCGUUUCUCUUGUUGGGUUUUCCAUUGCUGGGGAUAAAAAGAUGUUGGUCUAUGAGUUUCUUCCAAACAAAACUCUUCAAUUCCACCUUCAUGAGAAAUGUUUCCCAACCAUGGACUGGCCUACUAGGCUUAAAAUUGCACUUGGAGCAGCUAAAGGUCUUUCAUACUUGCAUGAAGAUUGCCACCCUCGCAUCAUUCAUAGAGACAUCAAAUCUGCCAACAUCUUACUUGAUUUUUGUUUUGAAGCCAUGGUAGCAGAUUUUGGAUUGGCUAAACUUACUCAAGAUAGUAAUACUCAUGUCUCUACUCGUGUCAUGGGAACAUUUGGUUACUUAGCACCUGAAUAUGUAUCAAGUGGUAAGCUGACAAACAAAUCUGAUGUUUUCUCCUUUGGCAUUGUGUUAUUGGAGCUGAUAACCGGACGUCGGCCUUAUAAUCCCACAUUGAAUAUGGAUGAAAGCUUAGUAGAUUGGGCUAGGCCCUUAUGUGCAAGAGCUAUGGAGGAUGGGAAUUUUGGUCAAUUGGUGGAUCCACGACUAGGAAACAAUUUUGUCAUCCAUGAGAUGGCAUCCAUGGUUUCAUGUGCCAGUGCAUGUGUUAGGCAUUUUGCUAGACAACGACCCAAAAUGCGACAGAUUGUACGUGCAUUAGAAGAUGGUGUUCCAUUAGAUGACCUAAGUGAAACCCCAAAUCUCAACCAAAGUUCAACCUCCAACUCCAAAAGUGACGUCACUAGCAAUGAAUCGAGUUCAUACACUUCAGAAAGCAAAGAAUAUGGAAGCAACAAUAAUUACGAUACGAAGCAUUUCCAUCUCAAUCCUUCUUCAUUUAGUGGUGACUCAAGUGAGACUACGAGCAAAGCUAAAGAUGACCUUAAGUAAAUUUGAGGUUUGAUGGGUGCUUGUACUAUAGGUUGAAUAAGAAUCAAUUAAUUUCUCCAUUACAAAAGUGAGAAAUUUAGAUUUUGUACAUUUUAUCUUUUUCCUUUUUUGAGAAAAGUACGUGUACAUUUAAUUUUGAGGCAAAGAGGUAAAAAAUUAAAUAGGUUUGAAGUGACAUGAAAAAUGAAAAUAUAUUGAAUUGUUGUCUUUUGAAGUGACAUGAAAAAUGAAAAAAAAAAGUGAGCAAUGUGGUCCUU